AUGAUAUCGGAAGUUCAGAAGGGUGGCUUAAAUAUGCCCGGUAUUGAUUCAGAUCUAUGGUUCGCACAGGACCGGUGAUAUGUCUAAAAAAAUAUUUGGAAGACUAUAAAAAAGUCCGUGGGAAGUAUUUUUAAACGAGCUUAGUAUCCCUGUUGGUGGGAAGCUCAUAAUGCAUUGUAACUUUGAUACCUCUAAAUUAAGUAUUUAUCUACCAAGUUUCUACAAGCAACGGUUUCGAUGCGUGGUCAGAAGUAAAUGCAACAACGCCCAGCUCGCUACACGAAAUUGCAAAUGAAGUUAUUUGGAAUAACAAGCUUCUCUACUAUACAUUAAUAAGAAAACUGUGUACCGUAGAGAUGCUGCAGAUCUAGGGUUUCAAUUGAAAAAAUUCUCAAUCCUGAGCAAGGUUUCUUCAUUAUGGGUAAUCUAUUAAUAUAUAGAUUUAGCCAGGGCUAAAAGCGAAGCUCUCAGAAAUUUUUAUAGUUUGCUCAAACAAAAUAUAAAAUCGUGUAAUGCUAAGCGGCGAAGGCAACGAGAACUUUGAAAAAACAACAAUAGGUAUAAUGGUCAACAAGUCUUUGAACGUACAGCACACUUUUUUUGUCCAUUUCUUUGCCGUUGUUUUGCACGACUGCAACGUGAAACUUACGGAAAUUUCCAAGUUGCACGUUUUAUGGAGGAAAUGUCGGAAGUGUUCUUGUUCACUUUUUUUUUCUCUGUAACUAAUUUUCACCAUGGUGGCCGCUAGCAUCCCGCCGCUACAAAAUUUCAUGUUAUUCCUCCAACAAUAAAUGUCUCCUUUUGUUUUUUGUCUCUCGCUCUAGCUCCUCUUCUCGUUGACUGAGUUUCGCUGGCCUGUCGCUCUACUUUCUCUUUUUCUCUGUCUUUCUCUCUCUCUACAUUUCAAUUUUGUGGACAUGACAAUUAAUCUAGGCUUAACACUUUAGACAACACGGAUAUAGAAACAUUUUCCGCUUUCCGUUUUCGUCUUUGUUGGCUCUUUAGUUGUGUCUGCUUGACAAGAAGCAGGUGGCCAUACGCUUUCCCGCCAAAAUAACCUGACAUUUGGCAUCGGCUUACACGCGGUGGGUGUACGGACGGUCGUUCGGGCGUACGCUGCGUCAUAACCCAAUUUUCUUGUCAACUUAUCUCAACAAUGGGGCUCCGCCGCUCGCGCUUCGCGCAAAGGAGCUCCGCUAUUAACUCUACGCCUGCCAGUUGACGAUUGACAAUUAAAAGGGAAACUACUACACCCGUGAUGGAUCCACUUCCGGAUUCACUGCAGCUAUUCUAAUAAGUAACAAUUUGCAUUACAAGCCGCAGGCUCGAUUUUCGGGGGAUUGCGACGUUCAACGUCGCAAUCUUCGCAUAUUUCUGAAGGGCGAGGCGCCAAGUCUAUUGUUUUGAACCAAGGGUUAUAUUACAUCAAGAGACCCUGAGCCUAUCUUAAAGCUGUCAACAAGGUUCGUUUUAUUGAGCAAUCUUUCAUCUUCGACACUUAAUCCAGUUUAUCUUAAGUGGACACCCAACGUAGUUGCUAUUCACGUGCACUGUCGAAAGCAUAAUAUCAAAUAGACUUCAAAAAUUCUGCAUUGGAGCUUCACUCUUCGUCUUUAAUUUUAGCCGACCCACUCAAUAAACAAUAAAUAAGAACAAUAUUACCGAAAAAUAAUUACAACUGAGAACUUGAUGAAUAAACAAUGAAAACAACAACUCAAUAAUCUCUCAGGGAGAUCACCCGCCAAAGCGGAUACCCGCGAGGUUUGUUCGGUUUCAACAUAGACGGAGGAAAUUUUUACAUCGCUAGUAUAAAUCUGGCCUAACUGUCACAUUUGAUCGAAGAGAGAUAUUUACGCAAAAAAAAACUAUCACAGUUCACAAAUGAUUUAGACAUUAUCUUAAUAGAAAUUAAAGUAUUGCCGCCCGCGGACAAAACUAGCUUUUUUUCGGUUUCCGGUGUACAUCAAACACAGGCAUCACGCUGAAUAUUAUCCAGACUGAGAGCCGUAGAUCAGAAAAAAAAUCACAGUUACUAAAUUUCACUUUUGAAACCAACACCACUUGUCGUAAGAUUGGGCGCAUCGCAUAAGAGCUAAAGACUUAAGAGGGAGAGAAAAUAAAAAUCUACUGAAUUAUAUACACUAACGAUAUGUACAAAAACAACAACUCUGUAACGACUAGCUAAAACACGAUCGAUUCAAGAUGUGACUUACUUUAUACUUUAUCACAGCUUCUUAAGAAUGGGCGCGCCGCCUGUAAGCCAUUAGGAAGAGGAGAGGAAAAUCUACCGAAUUAUACAAACUAAAGCAAUGUAAAGAAGCUGCAUUUACUAGCUAAAACACGAGCGAUUUUAGCUAUGUACUAUUCACUUUAAGAAAAUCUCCCUUCACCUCUUAAACUUGGGCGCGCCGCCUGUAAGCCAAAAGGGAGAGGAGAGAAUAAUCUACUGAUUUACCAAACUAACACAGCGUAUAAAAACUGUAAUUGGCUAGGUAGUAAAACAUGAUCGACUCAAACUACGAAUGUUUCAAUUUAAAAAAAUCUCUCUUCACCUCUUAAACUUAGGCGCGCCGCCUGUAAGCUAAGAGGGAGAGGAGAGAAAGAAUUACUGAAUUAUCCAAACUAACAACGCAUGAAAACUGCAAUUGGCUAGGUAGCUAAAACAUGACGAUUCAAUCUACGAGUUUUUUACCUUAAAAAAUCUCUCUUCACCUCUUAAACUUGGGCGUGCCGCCUGUAAGCCAAGAGGGAGAGGAGAGAAUAAUCCACUGAAGUAUCCAAACUAACAUAGCUCAUGAAAACUGCAAUUGGCUAGGUAGUAAAACAUGAUCGAUUCAAGCUACGAGUUUUUUACCCUUGGAAAAAAUAUCUCUUCACCUCUUAAACUUGGGCGCGCCGCCUGUAAGGUAAGAGGGGGAGGAGAGAAAAAUUUACUGAAUUAUCUAAACUAACAUAGCGCAUGAAAACUGCAUUUGGCUGGGUAGCUAAAACAUGACGAUUCAAUCUACGAGUUUUUUACCUUAAAAAAUCUCUCUUCACCUCUUAAACUUGGGCGCACCGCCUGUAAGGUAAGAGGGAGAGGAGAGAAAAAUUUAUUGAAUUAUCCAAACUAACAUAGCUCAUGAAAACUGCAAUUGGCUAGAUAGUAAAACAUGAUCGAUUCAAGCUACGAGUUUUUUACCCUUGGAAAAAAUCUCUCUUCACCUCUUAAACUUGGGCGCGCCGCCUGUAAGCCAAGAGGGAGAGGAGAGAAUAAUCCACUGAAGUAUCCAAACUGACAUAGCUCAUGAAAACUGCAAUUGGCUAGGUAGUAAAACAUGAUCGAUUCAAGCUACAAGUUUUUUACCCUUGAAAAAAAUCUCUCUUCACCUCUUAAACUUGGGCGCGCCGCCUGUAAGCUAAGAGGAAGAGGAGAGAAUAACCUACUGAAUUAUCCGAACUAACACAACGUAUAAAAACUGCAAUAGGCUAGCUAGUAAAACAUGAUCGACUCAAGCUACGAGUGUUUCAAUUUAAAUAAAUCUCUCUUCACCUCUUAAACUUGGGCGUGCCGCCUGGAAGCCAAAAGGGAGAGGAGAGAGUAACCAAACUAACACAGCGUAAGAAAACUGCAAUUGGCUAGCUAGUAAAACAUGGUCUAUUUAGGCUACGAGCUUUUUUGCCCUUGAAAAAAAUCUCUCUUCACCUCUUAAACUUGGGCGCGCCGCCUGUAAGCUAAGAGGGAGAGGAGAGAAUAACCUACGGAAUUAUCCGAACUAACACAGCGUAUAAAAACUGCAAUAGGCUAGCUAGUAAAACAUGAUCGACUAAAGCUACGAGUGUUUCAAUUUAAAUAAAUCUCUCUUCACCUCUUAAACUUGGGCGUGCCGCCUGUAAGCUAAGAGGGAGAGGAGAGAAUAACCUACUGAAUUAUCCGAACUAACAUAGCUCACGAAAACUGCAAUUGGCUAGAUAGUAAAACAUGAUCGAUUCAAGCUACGAGUUUUUUUACCCUUGAAAAAAAAAUUUCUCUUCACCUCUUAAACUUGGGCGCGCCGCCUGUAAGCUAAGAGGGAGAGGAGAGAAUAACCUACUGAAUUAUCCGAACUAACACAGCGUAUAAAAACUGCAAUAGGCUAGCUAGUAAAACAUGAUCGACUAAAGCUACGAGUGUUUCAAUUUAAAUAAAUCUCUCUUCACCUCUUAAACUUGGGCGUGCCGCCUGUAAGCUAAGAGGGAGAGGAGAGAAUAACCUACUGAAUUAUCCGAACUAACAUAGCUCACGAAAACUGCAAUUGGCUAGAUAGUAAAACAUGAUCGAUUCAAGCUACGAGUUUUUUUACCCUUGAAAAAAAAAUUUCUCUUCACCUCUUAAACUUGGGCGCGCCGCCUGUAAGCUAAGAGGGAGAGGAGAGAAUAACCUACUGAAUUAUCCGAACUAACACAGCGUAUAAAAACUGCAAUAGGCUAGCUAGUAAAACAUGAUCGACUAAAGCUACGAGUGUUUCAAUUUAAAUAAAUCUCUCUUCACCUCUUAAACUUGGGCGUGCCGCCUGUAAGCUAAGAGGGAGAGGAGAGAAUAACCUACUGAAUUAUCCGAACUAACAUAGCUCACGAAAACUGCAAUUGGCUAGAUAGUAAAACAUGAUCGAUUCAAGCUACGAGUUUUUUUACCCUUGAAAAAAAAAUUUCUCUUCACCUCUUAAACUUGGGCGCGCCGCCUGUAAGCUAAGAGGGAGAGGAGAGAAUAACCUACUGAAUUAUCCGAACUAACACAGCAUAUGAAAAUUGCAAUUGGCUAGCUAAAACACGAUCGAUUUAAGGAUCCGAGUUCUUUUUUCUUAAAAAAUCUCUCUUCACAAAAUGCGUUCCUAUAAUCCAUUCCUCGAAAUUUGGAUCUGUAAAUCACUUUCGGUGAAAAUACUAAACUAGCUGCGCCCAGCGUGACAUAAAUUGAAGGAUACCAUCACAUUCACGGACAAAAGAAUAUCGCCUUUAGCUAUUCAGAUCCAGGAGGCACUUUGGAGAAGACUAAACAACCUAAAACUCUUAUUUAGCAGUAAAGGAAGAGAUUUACGUUUCAAAAGAGGUCGAAGAAAGUGCUCUUGCAUCAGAGGACAAAUCAUGCCGACCAGAAACAAUAACCGCAGAAAAUCAAUAUGCGUGUCAUGACCUCUCAGUAUGAAACAAGCGGCAAAAUUCACAUUUACUCAUUCAAAGAGUAGAACCCAGAAUAUAAUAUACCCACCAGAGAAAACAAUUUUUGGAACAAGCAGCAUUUUGGCACGAGGUAAAAGUCGUGUGUUGCCUACCAGCCCCUUUUUUACACUCUGUUAGAUGGUUCGAGCAUUUUGGCGGGAUCACGGCUCUUUUGGCGCGUGUUGUAAAUGCCCUUUGAAUUAUAAUAUUUGUGCGUUAUUGUAUAGUGAUCGAGGAUGUACACAAUACCAAAGGCAAGUAAAUAUUUUCCUCAGUUUUCCUCAGUGUCGUCAAACCGGCUUCACCGAUGUGCUCGAACUCCGCAUGCGAGAGCCAUAACAAGCUGCUCCUCUACCUUUUAAAUAAUAAAGGUCUCUCUUACCUUAUAUCGGCGAACACAGUUUCUGUCCUUCGGACAUAAUGCGAAAUAACAUCCAGAACUCUUCACGUUGAACUUUUGAAACCAUUUCGGCGACAAUAUGUAACUUACCAGGUAACGUACCGAAUAAUUAUUACUUUGGAGGGUUCGAAUUCGACCUUCAUAAAGCGCUAGAUUUUGCCUUUCGCUUAAGAAACGAAAAAAAUAUUUCUUUUUUUUCCAAGACUUGCACCAAGACCCUUUUUUAACACCAACCAUGAAUUCAAGUAUUUUCAUUAAGUGAUUUUGACGAGAACCAUAGCUGAGUUAAAAUAUCUCGCUCCGAUGGUAUAAAUUCGGCGCGCAGAAGACAAGCUCUGAUAUUUGACGCAAAUUUGUGUCCUGUCCUAAAAUGAGUUUAUUGACAGAUGAACUGACAGAAAGCGAUUAAUGUGCACACCUGAGGUGCGCAAGGAAAUGUGUCAAGACUAACGCCUUGUAGUUACUUGAGUCCAGUUUGUGGGUAUCUCCAUGGAAAUUAAGGAUCCCUGGUGCGUGCACGAAAAUCGACCUUGCGGCUCGUAAUGUUCCAGUUCUUGCUACUUCCUCAAAAACAAAUCUACCGGCUUUUCCUGGCGAAAAAACAAACAACGUCUACUGCUGAAAGUAAAGUUAGCUACAAAGUAUCCCAACAGGGAUAUUGAUUGGAAAAGUGUUUAUUCGCUAUCUUUUCGCACGACAUUAGAAUCGAAACUUAGAGAAUUUCAGUUUAAAAUAUUAAUUUGCCGACCUGUGCUUUCUGCCAAACAGAGCUGGAAUCCAUAGAACAUUUACUCUUUCCUGUAAAUUAUCGUCUAAUUUUAAGAAACAUGCCUUGUCCUGGCUGCGCGGUUAUAACAUCUUUGUUGAUAACCUUAAAGACGAUGAUGUCAUUUUUGAUAAGUUCGAUGUUGCAGAGGACACCCUGUUUAACCAAAUUUUGCUUCUGGGUAAGUUUUAUAUUUACUCUCGGAAUACCAGAAUGGUAUACCUUCUCUUCAGGAUUUCAUUGCCAGGACAAGGUGUAUUUAUAACAUCGAACUCCAUAUUGCCAGGAAAAGAGACAAAUUAAACAAUCAUCUUAAAAAUUGGAAAAAGUUAAUUAGCGUUUUUUUUAGAAUAAGUGAUGUCACGAGUAAUUUUCAGCUUAAGUUUAAACUUAAAAGUGAAGUCAUUGUAAUUUACAUACUAGGUAACUGUAUUGUUGUAAUAGCUUCGUGUGUGUUUAUCUUUGUAUUUGUCUAUUUGUACUAUAUAAGCGUGUUUUUUUUGCGUGUGUCUUUUUUUCCUUUUUGCUUCUUUUUUCUUAAUUUCCAUUAACUCGGGUAAGGUAUUCUUUAAAUGAAAAAACUCUCUUUUUAACUCUUGCCACUCAGUGCUCGAUAUUUCCUGAACUAAGAGCGAAACCGAUGAAAUUCUCCUGCUGAGCAUUAUUGAUAAAGUAAUCUCUUUCAGCCCUCCUUUAUUUAUUUCUGCCAGAUAAUGCUGUUUCUGAAGAUCCGUUUACUAGUUACCUGUUGUGGCCGCAUCUUCACUUCAGUGGUACAUUUCGCGCUGAUGUUUCUACCGUAAACAAUAACCCACUCAACUUCGACACGGACAGAUUCACUGCCGCGGAUCUCAUACGAGAUUUGGAGAAUUGGAACCCGAAGGGUAGUGGCGAGUGGAGCGUGACUGGCUCGGUAACUCAAGUAUGCUAUGCUGAUGGCCACUGCGUAGAAGAAGAUGAGGGCCACAAAAGUUCUGAACCACUCAUAGGAGCAUGGAUAGUGGGUAAUAACUGUUAGCAUUAUAGUACUGAUAGUCAAUUACCCCUUCUGGAAUCAAAAUCGUGUUCUGGCCAAAUAGGCCAAAAUUUUCACAAAAAAACAAUAGAAUAAAUAAAUUUGCUCACUCGACUUUAUUAUUAUUAUUUUUUCUCAGAUGGAGGCAACAAAACGCUUGCAAAAUUGGUCGACUUCGAUCCCGAGGCGGGUUUCUCGGAAAUUUGGGGAUGGAGAAUUAGCGUUGGAAACCUGUUUUCUGCUGAUUAUACGCCAGUUCCGUAUCAAUAUCUCUGGAAAAAAAUGGUCACUAAACGAAACGACGAUUAUACCCACGGAGCAGCGUAUCAAUCAGUUUUGUCGAAUAUUCGAUGGCACACUUCAAACGACUCGCGUUUCAUCAGAGAGCUUCAGAAUUCAAUGGACAAUAAUAACAUUAUUGACGGCAAGAGACUAUCCAUACGCUUCAAUAUGGAUAUGUACCAGGAAGAUUACCGGAAAGACAAUCUUACCAUAGGACGCAUUACGGAUAAGGUAUCUAAGUGAAAAUCUAGAGACAUUCCUAAAAAUAUUCAAAUAUUCAUAUUGUAAAUAAGGAAAGCAAACUAUGUGCUCUAUCGGGUGAUAUCUAUUUAUUUACCAGCUUUUCUGGACACAGUCCUGCCCAGAGGGAAUGUGCACGAACGGAACUCAGGUCCCAUGCGAGGUGCCAUCCCUACCCAAUCCCACAACCUGUAAAGGUUGGCCACACCACCGGGGUCUACGACCCCUACUCUUUUCGAAUAGUGAUGUGGGUUCUUUUACGUCCCACAAGAACAAAUCAGUGAAAUUGCUCUGAGACGGGACCUACGGUUUUUCGUCCUUAUCCAAGAAGACUAGAAAGUCUAACCAUUUGCAGAUGUCAUUACAAAGGCAGCACUCUCUUCUCAGUUAUUUUUAAAGACCCUGAGUGUUGGUCCAGCCGGAGUUUGAACCCUCGACCUCCCGCUCGGCAGACCGGUGCUCUCCCAACUGAGCUAACCAGGCGGCGGUUUGCAUAUAUUUGUAUAUAUCAAUGUUGAUCUUUUAAAUUUUUAAAUCCACAAACCCACUGAGGAGUUUGUAAAUACUAUGAGUACAAGUGUUUUUGGGCCUCAUAUUGUGAAGCCAACUAGAGUAAUACAUCCCACUGCUCCUUUGAUUCACAAUAUAUUUUUUAAUUCAAUUGAUUUUGAUACUGUUAGUGGCAAUGUAGUUUAUGAUCUCUCUGAUCACCUACCCAAUUUUUUAAUUAUCAACGGACGUCUAUUUAAUUAUCAAAGGACAAAAUCGUUGUACGAGACUUCUCUAGGUUGAACGACGACUCUGUUUUAAAUGACUUUUCAGCUAUUUAAGUUAAAUUUACUCUUAACCCUAGAUAAAUAAGGGGGCUAAGGAAAUCAACUGACAAUAAUAAUAUUCUGUACAGACACUUUAUUAGAACUAGAUCCUCAUACAGAACUAUUUAAAAGCUAACCAAAGUAAUGUAAAAAAUCUUUGGAAAGGUAUAACGCAACUUGUAUCACUUAAGAAAAAAGACUCCUUCAGGGCCAAUAAACUUGUUAAGGAUGAUCAAUAGAUAACUGAUCCCAAAAAAAUAGCAAAUGAAUUUAAUAAUUAUUUUGCAACCAUUGGCUCAAGGUUAGCAGCUGAGAUACCAAAUUGUGGGACAUGUACACACACAGUUUACCUUGAUAAUGCUCGCAGUUCGAGUUUUUUUUUCUCUCACCAGUAACUAACUUUGAAAUUAUAGAUAUUACAAAUACUUUAAAUUGCAAAAAGGCAAAUGGACCCUUCAGUAUCCCAGUAGUCCUUUUGAAAGUGUUAAAAAAAACUAUAUUAUUUUCUUACCCUCUUGCAAUAAUUUUUAAUUGCUCCUUGAAAUCAGGUGUUGUUCCGGAUCAUUUUAAAGUGAAAAAGGUUAUUUCAGUUUAUAAAAAAGGCUCACCUCUUAUGGCAUCUACUUAUCGUCCAGUCUCACUAUUAUCUAUAUUCAAUAAGNCCAGUAACUAACUUUGAAAUUAUAGAUAUUACAAAUACUUUAAAUUGCAAAAAGGCAAAUGGACCCUUCAGUAUCCCAGUAGUCCUUUUGAAAGUGUUAAAAAAAACUAUAUUAUUUUCUUACCCUCUUGCAAUAAUUUUUAAUUGCUCCUUGAAAUCAGGUGUUGUUCCGGAUCAUUUUAAAGUGAAAAAGGUUAUUUCAGUUUAUAAAAAAGGCUCACCUCUUAUGGCAUCUACUUAUCGUCCAGUCUCACUAUUAUCUAUAUUCAAUAAGAUUCUUGAAAGACUAAUGUAUAAUAGACUAAUUAAAUACUUUGAACAAUCAUCUAUCUUCUUCACGAUCAAUCAACAAUUUGGUUUUCGUUCCAAUCAUUCUGCAGUUCAUGCUCUUAUUCUUAUGGUGUAUAAAAUCCAAAAACCCACCGACAGUAGGAAUUAUUCCCGUGGUAUUUUGAUUGGGCAAUGUAAGGCCUUUGAUACUGUUGACCAUCACAUCUUGCUUGACAAAUUAGACUACUACGGUAUCAGGGGCAUUGCAAAUGGUUUUCUUCCUAUUCAUCUAAUAGGAGUCAAUUUGUCUCUCUGGGCACUAUAUAUACUGUGAUGCAAAACAAAUUCUACGUGCAGUGUCACAGGGCUCCAUUCUAGGGCCUUUGCUGUUUUUGAUAUUAUGUAAAUGAUCUCCAUAAAUUUUCCAGUGUACUUGAUUUCCUCCUUUUUGCAGAUGAUACCAACAUUUUUAUACAGCAUAAAAAUUUACAUUCCCUUGAGUUGAAAUUAAAUCAAUAUUCUAAUCGUGAUUCUCAUUCGAGUCCGCUGUUUUCACAGCUGCUUUAAUCAAGCUCAUGGAUCUUGUGACUAUUCAUACAGCCCUUCCAUCAAAAUCUACCACCUUAUGCUUUUGACAACUUCUUUUCACUUAUAUCAUCUAGCAUGGUAUAACACUAGGCUAGCAUCAAAGUCAAUUUAUUAUAUUGAUCAUGUCAGAACUAAUUACUGUAAAUUUAAUAUACACUUCUCUCAAUGGUCCUUCUGUUUUCAAUAGUCUGGAUGAAAUUUAUAUAAAAAGCAGUUCUUUCAAUCUAUUGAGGCAAACCAUGACGGUAGAUAUUUAGACGAUAGGAUAGAUAGGUAGACGGUAGAUGUAUUUAUCAACUUACCGUUGAUGCUGGCCAGUAUGGAAUAACUUACCGUUAUUAACGUAAACUUUAUAAUUCUCUGGUACCGUUCUUGUUUUUGUUUGUUUGUUUUGUUUUGUUUUUUCUUUUAUGUUGUCCUAUAUAUUGUAUCGUAAUUAAAUUAAUCAACUAAUUUAUUUUUUAUUACUUUUUUCUCACUAAAUUUAUGGUAUUUUUGUUCUCAAUCUUUAGUGAGUUGCAACCCUAUAAAAUGUAAUUUAACUAUUGUAAGUGACUCAGCUCGUUUAGUUUUUUUGCAAUUCUGAGUUGUUUUUUUUUGCCUGAUGUAUUUUAAUUUAUGCUGUUCUUGUAAUUGUUUUAAGUUCGCAAAAUAUAAUGGUUGGUUGUUGUGUGACGACUUCAACCGGGACACCUAAGGACUUUCAGUCAAUCAGAAACCGCUCUUUUAACAAAAAAAUUUGGGCGGGGAGACCUCAUAGGGAACUGUCCCAUUUUUCGAUUGGUCAUAGUUUCGAACCUAGAUGUUUUUGCCGUCUAGAAUGGUGUGUCGUAUACACUUCUUCAUUUGUGUGGCUGCUUUUUCUAAAAUAUAGAAGCUGUUUAUAGAUUGAACGGCUGGCUACACAUAUUGCUUGGUAAGGGAUAUAAAAGUGCCUUGUAUCUUUGGGCGAAAAAAGCAGACUGGUUACAAGAAGUUCUUUGAAAAUACGCACUGUUCUUAAACGGUUACACGUUGUCGAUUACCCAGUAUUAUAGACACCUGGAACCCUUUUGCGGGCAAAGUGUGGCAAAUUUCUACCGUUAUCGUUAAGAACACAAUUCUCAGCUGCACUGAAUGAUUUCGACUUCCACUUUCAAGAAGGCAAGGCACAUAAACAGCUAAAAAUUGAAAUUUGAUUAUGAGAAAAGAGAAAAUAAGAUUCUUUGGUCUUUGAUUGGCUUACGCUAGAAGUAAGCCAUUCGAACCGGCGAAAAAUUUAGGAUCAAAACUAACCAUUCGAAAAAUAGAACAGUUUCCGAUGAGGUCUUCACGCCCAAUUCUUUGUUAAAGGAGCGGUCUCUGACCUUAAAGGAGCCGUCUCUGACCGGCUGAAAGUUCUUAGGUGGCCCCGGUUGAAGUCGUCACACUGUAAGACUUUUGCCAAGCUUCUUUUCCAUUUUGUAUAGACGUAAACUAAGGUCUCAGAAAGGUCUCCGAUCCUUAUAAUUAAUCCCGUUUUCUUCUGCUGGGGCUUUUGAUAUGUUAUUAAGGAUAGUUUUCAGAGUGUAAAACAUUUGGAAUGUCUUCUGUUGCAAUUAGGUCUAGGUUACCUACUUUUUUUUCCACAAAAUGACUGGACCACAAGGGCAGGAAAGCACUCUGUUAUCUUCUCAUGGUCGACAUGUGAUGGUCUUUAUUUAAGACAUCCCUUCUUUAUUUAAGACUAUCUUGGCGUCUCGCAAGCCGGCCAUGCUCAUUCUGCGGUUUUUGGUACAAUCAGCCAAGAUAUCUACAAAAUUCACUAGAAUCUUUCCCUUCCCGACAGUUGAUGACCGCAAUAUCAUGCUGCUUGAGGGCAUCCAAAGCGAAAAAUUUUGUAAGAUUCGCUCGGGCGCUGAUGAUAAAAAGCUCUGAACGCUGUUUUCAGCAACAAGUACUGUAUCCGGCUGAACCACCCAAUUCUGGCUGAUCACGGGCUUUUUUACCCUGAGGCCCUUUACAAUGACCUUGUUUUCGAGCUGACGCUUCCCCCCCCCCCCCCCCCCCCCCCCUCACACAGAGAUCGACACACACAGAAAAACUUACUCCCAAAAUACGACAAUUAUAGAACCCCUUAUAAACACACUAAAGAAAAAGGAAAGCCAUUGGGAGCAAGCCGAGAAAACGCGAGCCCAUAAAGACACGUAUGAAUCUUGUAAUGUAGUACAUUCGUGCGGAGUUCUUCCGAAGAGUACAAGAAACUGAUAGCUGAACUGAAAAAAAAAAUUGUCCUAUCUGACCUUUGCCCUGCACCAUACCUACGGAAUCAAAAUGCAAAAUUGAAAACUUCAAAUUAAGGCCAUGGCUGAACAAGAUGCGCUCAACGAAUUCAUGCAAAUGCUGGAGACCACUCCAGACAGCUCCAAACCCAUUCUUGUUUCUCUUUCCCCUCCCAACAAGUUCCAGAAGAACGUGUGAAGCUGGCUGUUCUUGUUUCCAAGGGCAAACCGAACGAGGCACUUGUUUCCCAACUUACACAUGAAACGAUGAAACGCCUUUCAAACAGAGAGGUUAAAAAAAAUUGCAAACGGUAUGAGGCCUACGAUGACAGGAAGACAACUGAGACUUUGCUUGCCAGCAAAGCCAUUGGUAUGGUUGUCAAAGUGGAUGACGAAGAAGCUUUGCAAAAAGACCUGACCUGA